CUGCAAACGGUUAGUAUCAUCAUCGAUAGGCCAAGUUAAAAGGCGGUUCAUUUCCAUCACCGUCGCUCUAUUCUCGCAUCAACUAAAGCAUCUUCACUUAGACAUAUUCCAUUUAAAAAGUCAUCAUGGGUGUCCUCGAUAUCGUACCCGCUGGCGUAUUGACCGGUGAAAACGUCCGCAAGUUGUUCAACUAUGCAAGGGAGCAGAAGUUCGCUAUCCCAGCCAUCAACGUCACCUCUUCCUCCACCGCCAACGCCGUCUUAGAAGCGGCCCGUGACAUCAAAGCGCCGAUCAUUCUCCAAGUUUCUCAGGGCGGUAGUGCCUUCUUCGCCGGAAAGGGAAUAGCGAACGACAAACAACAAGCAUCCAUCCUCGGUGCUGUCGCUGCAGCACACCACAUCCGGACGGUCGCGAAGGCAUAUGGCGUUCCCGUCGUGCUGCACAGCGAUCACUGUGCCGAGAAGCUUUUGCCCUGGUUCGACGGCAUGCUCGCAGCCGACGAAGCCUACUUCAAAGAACACCAAGAACCCCUUUUCUCCUCCCACAUGCUUGACCUCUCCGAAGAGCCAAAGGAGAAGAACAUCGCCACCUGCGUCGAGUACUUCAAGCGGAUGGCUCCUCUCGGACUCUGGCUCGAGAUGGAGAUCGGUAUCACUGGUGGUGAGGAAGAUGGCGUCGACAACACCGGUGUCGACAAUGCUGCGCUGUACACUCAGCCAGAAGACGUGUAUGAUGUCUACAAGGCUUUGAACCCCAUCAGCCCCAACUUCAGCAUCGCGGCUGCAUUCGGUAACGUGCAUGGUGUCUACAAGCCUGGUAACGUCAAGCUCCAGCCUCAACUCCUCGGGGCGCACCAGGCAUACACGUGCGAGAAGCUGGGCGGUCAGCCUGCGCAGCCCUUGUACCUUGUCUUCCACGGUGGUUCUGGAUCGACCAAGGAAGAAAUCCAAACGGCCGUCGAGAACGGCGUUGUCAAGAUGAACGUUGACACUGACACUCAAUUCACCUACCUCACUGGCAUCAGGGACUACAUUCUCAAGAAGAAAGACUAUCUUCUCUCUCAGGUUGGUAACCCCGAGGGUGCUGAUAAGCCAAACAAGAAGUUCUACGACCCUCGUGUUUGGGUCCGUGAGGGUGAAAAGACGAUGGCAGCGCGUGUCAAGGAAGCAUGCAAAGAUUUGGGUAACGUUGACCGCCUGUAAAAUGAGAGGUCUUUCGAUGUAUCAUUAUGUUAGAGAUUGUGGAAGGGUCAACGUAUAUACGAUGUCCAAUACAUAUUAGCUAUGUAAACGAAUCAACAUUUAGACGCUUGUU